CAGAGGUUGGCCUCUAGGGUUUUCUUCCACAGCCCCUUUGAGUUCUUGAUAAAGGCUUUUAGAGGCCUGUUGGUGUUGUACUGCUUCAUGCAUUACAGGAUCCAUGUGGGGGCACUGAAUCAUAUGCUAUUUGUAGUCAGCCCAGUUGCUACGUAUGUUAUCUAUAUUUUCACGUCGUCGGUGCUGUUAGUAAAUGCUUUCUUCCUUGGGCAUCUUAGUCUCUUCAGCAGGUUUGACACACAGGGCAGAAGAUGAAUUAUAACUAACACUGCAGAGGUCUGCUUUCGUCCGACUGGACCCCACCGACUGUUUCUCCUUCCCUUGUUUUUUUACUUCUGCUUUUUCUCCCGCACCUUUCUUUCUACUGGUGAUCAAAUAUCCGGAGUCCCUACUUAUAGUGAGAUCAUGAAGAAAGAAGGGGAUGCAAGCUCAAUCAGCUCCAUGCGCCUGAAACAAGAGAUCUCUCUGUUGCAUGGUGUCUGCCUCAUCGUGGGCAAUAUGAUUGGCUCAGGAAUUUUUAUAUCCCCAAAGGGUGUUCUGCGCCAUACGGGGUCAUAUGGCUUGUCACUAGUGGUAUGGGCUUUUGGUGGCAUCUUUUCUGUCUUUGGUGCUCUGUGUUACGCUGAACUCGGCACAACAAUCCGCAAGUCGGGUGCCAGCUAUGCCUACAUCCUGGAGUCCUUUGGAGGCUUCCUGGCUUUUAUUCGUCUGUGGACGUCACUGUUGAUUGUGGAGCCAGCUUCCCAAGCUGUCAUUGCUCUCACCUUCUCCAUCUACCUUGUCCAGCCAUUCUAUGACACCUGUGAGGCUCCAUACAAGGCAGUGCGUCUCAUCGCCGCUCUCAUUAUUGCUCUGUUAACAUUUGUGAACAGUAUGAAAGUAAAGUUGGGGGCCAUCCUGCAGGUCAUCUCCACUGUGGCAAAAGUCCUGGCUCUCAUUGUCAUCAUCAUUGCUGGGAUUGUCAUACUGGCCAAAGGUAAGACAAUGAACUUUGAGAACUCCUUUCAUAAGUCUAAGCUGAACACAGGGGACAUGGCUUUGGCCCUGUAUGCUGCCCUCUAUUCCUACUCUGGCUGGGACACCCUCAACUUCAUCACUGAGGAGAUCAAGGACCCAGAGAGGAACUUGCCACUGUCUAUAGCAAUCUCCAUGCCCAUUGUUACAGUGAUCUACCUUCUGACCAACGUUGCCUAUUACACAGUCAUGGAUAUGGACACUGUUCUCAGUAGUGAUGCUGUGGCUGUGACAUUUGCCGAUAAUGUUCUUGGCUACGCACGCUGGUUGAUCCCCAUUUCUGUUGCCAUCUCUUGCUAUGGAGGCAUCAACUCAUCCAUCAUUGCUGCCUCCAGGUUGUUCUUUGUAGGUUCUCGGGAGGGCCAUUUACCAAAUGUCCUAUCCAUGAUUCAUGUUAAGCGCUAUACACCUAUCCCUGCUCUGCUAUUCAAUGGUGCCAUGGCCUUGUUUUACCUGUUUGUGAGAGAUGUGUUCCAGCUCAUUAAUUAUUUCAGUUUUAAUUACUGGCUGUUCAUUGGCCUCUCCAUAGCCAGUCAGCUCUACCUGCGCAUAAAGGCUCCAGAGAUGCACCGUCCUGUCAAGCUGAGUCUGUUCUAUCCCAUAGUGUUCUGUGUUUGCAGUGUGUUUCUGGUGGUGGUGCCGCUCUACAGUGACACAAUAAACUCUCUAGUGGGGAUUGCGGUUGCUCUUUCCGGAGCUCCAGUCUACUACAUCUGUGUGCACCUGCCCUCUACCUCCAGACCUGCCUUUUUGGGACAAAUGCUCAAUGUGGUCUCAUUGUAUACACAGAAGCUGUGUCUCUGCUGUGUGGCAGACCCUGGCCUUGACCUCGACAACCCACCUGAAACUGACAAAACUGAUUGACCAUAAACUGGUUAAAAGUCUGCCUGUUCCACAGCUAAUUCAAGGGCAGUUUUAACUGAGCCUGUGUUCCUUUGUAUUUUUAGAACAUUUUCAAAAAAUAAAAGUUUACUGAUGCCCAGACUUGCUAGACACCAUCCACCUCUGCUUUUUACAGAGGCUGUAUAACCAGGGAUCUUUGUAACUGGUUUUACUUUGAUUUAGCCCAUUAGAAAAUAGUUUGUGGCCAUUAUUCUUCUGAAACGUACAUGGCAGAUAAAGUGCACCAGCUAACAUUCAGUGUUUCUUCCAUGUAAAGAUGUAAACUUGUGCAGAGAUAAGGCUUAAGGUACCACAAAAACAAAUUGAUAAAUAUAUUAGCGCUAGUCUUUUGGAGGCAAAUUAGCCGUAGACUAAACAACGAAAGUAGUGUUUCUCCAAUGCAGCUUUCUUUUAAAGGUAUAUACUUCUGUAUCCAGCCAACUGUAGCCCGCGGGAAUCCAGUAUCUUCACAGCAAUAAGGUCGAACGGGUUCUAAUGAAGACGAUAGGCGAAUAUGUUUACUUAAAAGCAGACAUGGAGUAUAGCCAGAGUCCAAACAGUUCAUUCCGUCAUGCUGGGUUAUUACUGCAAAGACAGGAGAGGUUCACACAGCUUCGGUCUGGGGCAUGACUAUGGAGGGCAUGCCGCUGCUAUUUUACGGAAGGUUGGCUAACAAAGUAACUUGUUCGCCAAUUUGGUAAGAUUUGAAUUGUACCGGAGCGAUUUCAUUUUUUACAUCCGUGCUAGAGUAUAUAUAUUUUUAGCGAAUCGCUUUUUAUACACUAAGAAACUACUCUUCUGAGAAAUCUAGCUAGAUUUCAAAAACUGCUUUCAGACAAAUGUUGAGGCCCACUGAGUACUGUAAAGGUUAAGGAAAGUAGCAAAUGGCAUAUUUGUUUUUGCAUUUCAAGAAAUGUUCUAUUUAAACAUGUAUUCUCUUUUGUAUAUUUACUACUGCGCUUCAAUAAAGCAAUUUUAUUUUUGA